AUGACUGAUAAGUUGAGUAAGAUUGCUGAGUUAAAAGCAAGACUAGCAAAGAGAAAAGAGCUUGCAGAAAGCGUAAAGAUGACACAGGAAGAAAAGAAGGGAAAGGGAGAUAAUGUGUCUAAGGAAAGGAUUGAUAAGUUUCUUGGAAAUACGCCUAAAGUUGUUCCACUAAAGAAAAAGAUGAGAGGGUUGAAAUUUGAACAAGAAAUCAUAGAGAAAAGGGAAGAAGAAAGAAAGAGUGAACGAAUGCACUAUCAACUCAUUCAGAAAGGAAUUUUAAAAGGGAAUGAAAAGAUAGAAAAAGAAGGGAUUAGUCAAGAAACAGGUCAAAUAGAAUGGUGGGACAAAAUUUAUUUUAAUUCAGAUGAAAUAACAGACUACCCUCAUCUUGACAUGAAAGAAAUUGAAUCUAUUUUGAAUGGCAAUGAUGGAAUUGUAAAAGUGAGUAUCAUAGACAAUAAAAUUGAACAUCCAGCUAAGCAAGAAACAAUUGACACAGGAGAUAUUCAAAUUAAAACAAUCUUAACUCCAAAAGAACAAAAACGACUAAGGAAAUUACAAAGAAAAGAACGAUUUGAAGAAGAAAGAGAAAAAAUUAUGAUGGGAGUAAUUGCAGCACCAAAAGUCAAAUUAAAAAUAUCAAACAUGGCAAAACUUUAUCCUGAAGAAAUUGUGACUAAUCCAAGUGGAGUAGAAGAAAUGGCAAGAAAAGAAAUGGAACUUAGAAGACAAGAACAUGAACGAGAAAAUCACGAAAGAAUGAAAACACCAACUGAAAAGAAAAGAAUAAAGAAAGAAAAGAAUGAUAAAAUCAUUGAAAGUCAAGGAAUUUUUAUGGAAGGAUUUAAAUUUACUUCGAUUGAUGAAAAAAUGAUUAACAAAUGUCGUCAUAAAAGCAAAGAACUUUUUAUGAAAGGAGUUAUUUUAUACACUGAUUUUAAAGGAUUGAUUAUAGUUGAAGGGACUCAAAAAUCAAUAAUUAAAUUCGAGAGAAUGAUCACUAAAGAAAAUCAAAGAAUUGGAGAAAACAAGUUUAUUAAAUUAUGGGAAGGAAAACGUCAAAGAUUUUCAUUUAAUUCAUUAACAAGUGAAAGAUAUGUUGAAGAGAAAAGUGUUAUUGAAAUUUUACAAUUAAAACAAUUAGAAUUUCUAUGGAAAAUUAGUUGA